AUGGCGGGGCGCAGCUGGGGAGGCCCCGGGGCCCCGCGGUGGCCGCUCCCUCGCCUGCUGCUGGCCCUCGGCUUGCGGCUGCUGCUACUCGCUGCCGCCCCGGGGCCCGGCGCGCCCUGCGCCUCCAACUGCACUUGCACCGGGGCCCUGCUAGACUGCAGCGGGCUGGGGCUGGCCGCACUGCCCCGGGACAUCCCCGCCUGGACCGUCACGCUAAAUCUCAGCAAUAACAAGCUAACAGAGAUCGAUCCUGCUGCAUUUGAGGACUUGGUGAAUCUACAGGAAGUGCACCUGAAUAACAACGAGCUGACAAUCAUCCCUGCCCUGGGUGCUGCCUCUUCCCGCAUCUUGUCCCUCUAUCUGCAACACAAUAGGAUCCGCAAUGUGGAAGGGAGCCAGUUGAAACCUUAUGUUUCCUUGCAAAUGUUGGACCUGAGCUCUAAUAACAUCACCGAAGUCCGAAGCUCUUGUUUUCCUCGUGGACUGCACAUAAAGGAACUGGAUCUGAACCAUAACGAGAUUUCUGGCACAAUAGAAGACACCAACGGGGCAUUUACGGGACUAGACAGCCUGAACAAGCUGACUCUGUUUGGAAACAAGAUCAAAUCCGUGGCCAAGAGAGCGUUCUCAGGACUGGAGGGGCUGGAGCACCUGAACCUUGGAGAAAAUGCAAUAAGGUCGAUCCAAUUUGAUGCUUUUGCCAAGAUGAAGAAUCUUCAAGAGCUGCACAUCAGCAGCGACAGUUUCCUAUGUGACUGCCAGCUGAAGUGGAUGCCCCCGUGGUUAAUGGGGAGAGGCCUCCAGACCACGGUCGUGGCCACCUGUGCCCACCCAGAGUCCCUGAAGGGCCAGAGCAUUUUCUCAGUGCCACCGGAGAGUUUCGUGUGUGAUGAUUUUCCCAAGCCCCAGAUCAUCACGCAGCCGGAGACGACCAUGGCGGUGGCUGGCAAGGACAUCCGCUUCACGUGCUCGGCCGCCAGCAGCAGCAGCUCCCCGAUGACGUUUGCUUGGAAGAAGGACAACGAGGUGCUCCCCAAUGCCGACAUCGAGAACUUUGCCCACGUGCGGGCGCAGGCAGGGGAGCUCAUGGAGUACACCACCAUCCUGCACCUCCGCCAGGUCACCUUCCACCAUGAGGGACGGUACCAGUGUGUGAUCACCAACCACUUUGGCUCUACCUAUUCCCACAAAGCCCGGCUCACGGUGAAUGUGUUGCCCUCGUUCACGAAGAUUCCUCAUGACAUCGCCAUCCGGACGGGCACCACGGCCCGCCUGGAAUGUGCUGCCAGCGGGCACCCCAACCCCCAAAUCGCCUGGCAGAAGGACGGCGGCACCGACUUCCCGGCUGCCCGGGAGCGCCGCAUGCUGGUCAUGCCGGACGACGUCGUCUUCUUCAUCACGGACGUGAAGCUCGACGACAUGGGGGUCUACAGCUGCACAGCCCAGAACUCGGCCGGCUCGGUGUCGGCCAAUGCCACGCUCACGGUGUUAGAAACUCCGUCCUUGAUGAUUCCCUUAGAAGACCGCGUGGCAGCCAUCGGAGAGACGGUGGCUCUUCAGUGCAAGGCGGGCGGCAGCCCCCCGCCCCGGAUCACUUGGCUGAAGGGGGACCAGCCUGUGAGCAUCAGCGACCGCCACCACUUCACUCCUGGAAACCAGCUGCUGGUCAUCCAGAGCGUGGCGCCCGAGGACGCCGCCCGGUACACCUGCGAGAUGUCCAACGCGCUGGGCACGGAGCGCGCCCACAGCCAGCUGAGCGUCCUGCCCGCGCCCGGCUGCAGGAAGGACGGCACCACGGUGGGCAUCUUCACCAUUGCCGUGGUGUGCAGCAUCGUGCUGACGUCCCUGGUCUGGGUGUGCAUCAUCUACCAGACCAGGAAGAAGAGCGAGGAGUACAGCGUCACCAACACAGAUGAAACCAUCGUCCCGCCCGAUGUCCCAAGUUACCUGUCUUCUCAGGGGACGCUCUCGGACAGACAAGACGGAGCGGUCAGGACCGAGGGGGGCCAUCAGGCCAACGGACACAUAGAAAGUAACGGAGUCUGUCAGAGAGAUCCGGGACUGAAUCCGGAUGUUGACAUCCACACGCCUGCUUACAGGCAGCCCAAACUAUGUAUUGGACAUAAUAAAGAAGUCUGGAAAGUGGCCGACGGAGCAUUCAGUCUGGAUAAAACAGACUACGGCAUGCCAGCAACAUGCAGUGAUUUCAGUGAAAAUGCCACCAGUUAUUCCCAGGAGAAAGACUCCUAUCCUUUGCAUAAAACCCACCCAAGCACACGGGCUAGCCAAGAGCCCAGUAAGAGUGAGCAGGAAUGCCCCUUGCUCCAUCAGGCGGUCUUGCCCCAGAGGGGUGGAUCUCUUGCUGGCCCACACCCAGAGGGCAAUGGAAGCUCUCUCUACCCCAGUAACCAUGACAGAAUGCCGGCACCCGCUCUCCAGAAGCCAUCGCCUCUUGACCAUAAAGGAGGCUCUUUAAACGAUUUAGGAAAGUCUUGUGAGUCGGAAUCCGUUGUCUUGCACCCUUUGUCUUUGGGGACGAGAGGGGCGGCACUCCCGGCAGCUUCUGCUCUCCCCUCUGGCUUCCCAGAACUGGGUGGCAGCGAGGCCCCGGCGGAUCCUUCUCUUCCCAAUGGACACUUGCCCAAGCCCUGUGACUCCGCUCACGAGUCUACAGCCCUACGAGGAAGCUUCCACGUACAGAGAAACGUGCCAUUACUUUUUGUACCAAAUAUCUAGGUCGUGGCUACCUCACCUCGUGAACCGUCGUCGGUCUUGCACAGGAAAGAGAGGUCUGAGACACGGAGCUGAUGUGGAAGAAGCUCGUGUUCGAGCGUCCCUGAAAUUGUACAGAAUUGAACACUUCCACGGGGGGAUCAGGAGUGGAAGGAGGACUCGCAUCUGAAGCACACACAUGCAAAAGACUAUUGUGUACAAAGGAAGACAAAGUA